GGACGAGCCAUUGCUUUUUAAACGAGAGUUGAAAUACUGUAGGGAACAGUCCGGUAAAGAGCCUCUUCAACAGCACGGCUGAGCGUCACAUUCAAAGAUGGUUCGUUUCUACCUGCUUGUGGAAAUUUUCGUGGUUUUCUUCUUUGCCUUGGGGUCAGAUGCAUGCCAAACGCACGACCAACCAUGUACAGGAGGCGGCCUCGGUAACUGCUGUGGCGGCCAGAACCUCGUUUGUCACAAAGCAUGUCCCGGCUGGAGGCAGGGUCGCUGCUACCAUCGAGGGAAGACGUUGCCUGGCUGCUUGAGUGCAGCGGCUGUUGAAACCACUUUGAGGCCCCCUCCUUCAGACGGCAACAGAGACGAAGGGUCUCCCUGUUUUAAUUCAGCGGCCGCCAGCCACGGGGUCUGCACGCAUGAUUGCGAAUGGGCGCGACAUCAAACACACGCUCAGACGUGUGGCGGUGAUACCCGAGCCCAUUCGAAAACUAUAUGGUGCUGUCCGGCGUCCCAUCACGAAAGGAAAGCGACACAAAUGUGCAGAGAGUACUCAAAGCACCCAUGGCUCGACGCCGAGCGUCGGAGCCCGACUGGACAGGUUUCUAAAAGGCGCUGCAUGACUUCGCUCAAACCCCUCAUGGCUGGCGCGGAACGGGCCCAACUGCAGGAGUACCCCCACAUGGCUCUGAUUGGUGGCUACAAUCCUGACAGCGAACGCAACCUCCACUUCUGGUGUGGAGGCUCCCUCAUAUCCCUUGACUUCGUCCUGACAGCGGCACACUGCCAAACAAGGAAAACGCGACCGACUCACGUACGGCUAGGUGGUUUGGAAAGCAACGGCAGCUCAUCGGAACCUUUCGCUCAGACCAUUGAAGUAGUAGAGCUAUUCAUUCCCAGCAGUUACAAGCCACCUAAGCUUUACAGCGAUCUGUUGCUGUUGAAGCUGAAGCAGAGUGUAAAAGUGGGCGAUUACGUUCGGCCCGCGUGUUUGCACCCCGGUGGAACUGUGAAGAAAGACCUUGAAGUCACAGGGUGGGGGGCCACCUACGACCUCGAGAGGGGUCGAGGACUCCACAAAAACCUGAUGAAGCUAAGAAUCUAUAAACAAAAGUCAAGUUACUGUGAAAAUAACUUCCAACCGGACCCCAUUGACCGAAAGCUGCCCGAAGGAUUAAAGAAAAGUAGCCAGCUGUGUGCAAAACCUAGUCAAAGAACACAAGGCAUCUGCCAAGGUGACUCUGGCGGGCCGCUGUCAUAUUACAUGGAUUCCUACGAAGACCCUUUCAUGUGCAUGCACACAGUUUAUGGCAUCACUUCCAUGAACCCUGCUGGAACCUGUGAGUCUGGGGACCCAGUUGUCUUCACAAGAGUAUCUUACCAUUUGUCGUGGAUAGAACAGAUUGUAUGGCCGUAGAUGGAUCAAAACUUUCGCUGAAAUGGCACACAAAGGAAGAAAGAGAAAUAAAGAAACAGGUUUUCCCUUUAA